CUGGACCUCACCGACAGGUCCCGUAAUCACAGCCUCCAGGAAAACUAUGAGGUGCUGGCCCUCUUUGCCCAAGGUGACUUUGGUAGGAUCUUCCUGGCUGAACACUAUGACACAGGGAUGCUGGUCACUGUGAAGGAGUUAGUGAAGGCAAAGGUGCCAGCAGCCUGCAUUGUAUCGGAGGUGGGGAUCCUGAAGGACCUUCAGCACCCUAACAUCAUACAGCUCCUGGAGGUCAUCGAAACCAAGGACGAAGUAUACCUGGUCCUAGAGUAUGUGAUGGGGAGAAACCUGUGGCAACAGAUCUGCAGUACUGAAAACCACAGGCUGCCGGAGGAGAAGGCCCAAGGGAUAUUUCAAGAUAUUGCGGGAGCCGUGGAUUAUUGUCAUGCCCAGGGAAUUGUACACGGGGACCUCAAACCCCACAAUGUUUUGAUGGACUCCCAAGGUCACGCCAAAAUCUCUGACUUUUGGGUGGGGUUCCGGUUCCUCCCUGGGCAGGAGGUGGCCGGGGUUGCUGGCACUCUGAAAUACUAUGCCCCAGAGCAGCUCUUGCAUGGGAGGUAUGAAGGCCCUCCCCUGGAUGUUUGGGCCCUUGGCAUCAUUUUAUAUGAACUGCUCAUGGGGCAGCCCGCCUUUGAUGGGGAUAAUCCACAGAUAAUUCAAAGUGUGCUAUCUGGGAGGUGCUCUUGCCCCGAGUCCAUCUCCCGGGAUGCACAAGAUCUCACCUGGAACCUCCUGGACUCCAACCCCAGGGUGCGGCCAACAGUGCAGGAGGUGCUGCAGCACCAGUGGCUCCAAGGUGUCCCACCCCCCCAGUCCUCCUGAGCUGCUCCCUAUGGCCCCCAAAAUGGCAAUCAUCAACGUUAUGGAUGGCGUGGGAUUUAACCCACUGAAGGUCAUUGACUCAGUGAGGAGAAAGGCGUGCAACAACGAGAUGGCCACAUUCCUGCUGUUGAAGAGCCUGGCACUCCAGGGGCCGUGCUUAAGUAUCAGUGGGAACCCUGUGUGUGCACCUGAGGAUGAGGAUCCAGAUGAAGAGAAAGUAGCAUCAACCUCAACAGCUCCUGCACCCUCAUCUCACAUCCCCUGGAGGAGUGCUACCGCACCUGUCACCUUCAUGGGCCUCUUAUUUCCUGGGGCGAAGGCCACAGGAAGGCAGGGCGGCAGAGACUCCCAGCCACCCAUUCCCAUCCCCAGGACCCCAACUCCCGGCAUGUCCUGCCAGCCUAUCCUUGCCACUCCCAGGGUGUACUGCCAGCCUGGCCCUGGGGCUUCCUGCUCUGGCUCCAGCCCCACCUCCACCCCUAGCAGCAGAGGGAGGCGAUGCUGGAAGGCUCUGAAGAGGAGCAUCAGAGGCUGCCUGACAGCCCUGUGCUGCUGCUGCCUGCACCGUCAGGGUGCCACCAAAACAGGGUGGCCCCAAUUACAGAUCCUUGAGAAGUGACUCCGUAGACGUGGCAAUCCUACUCAUGGGGGAUCAGCCACAAAGGAGGAAGCCAUGACCUCCAUGGCCUGGAGCUUCUCUCUGCUCACCUCCUGGCAUGUCCGCAUGUGAGGGCUUCCAUCAAGAAGCCACCGAGUUGGCGCUGGAAGGACAGUGAGCCCAGGUGAAGAGAGGCAGUACUGCCUGUUCUGUGGAUGGGGACACUGUGUUGUUCCCCUGGCCCCCAUGCAGAAGCCUAGACUCAGCUAUGCCAUGAGCAGCCCAGGGAUAUGCAGAGGCCACGCUGAUCCUCUGUCCACUGAGUUCAUGGUAGGAGCCGCCCCUGCCCAGUCACCAGACAGGUGUGUGACAGCAUCUCCACAUCAUCCCAGUCCCAGCCGCGAGCAGCACGGAGGAGAUGGAGUUGCUAGCAGGAGAGGCACCCACCUGCAGCCCAGGGGCCUUCGACAUGAGUGGGGUCUUGGGCUCUUUGCCCUGGGGAGCCCCCACCCACAGCCCCCACGUCCCCCACGUGGAAGACCGCAGAGUCAUU